UAAAAAAAAGUUUAUUUGUUACCUUAAGUGGUCCUAUAAUUUUUGAAGAAAUUAAAUUACUUUUUCCGGGAAUGAAAGUUGAAGCAAUCGAUUAUGAUAUCAUGAUUCAAAAACUUAAGGACCGGUUGGAUAAAGAUGAACCUAAUAUGGCUAGUUGUCAUGCUUUUGAUAGAAGAAAACAGGGGAAAGAUGAGCCUGCCGAAAACUUUAUUCUAGCUGUAAAGUUGAUGGCUGAGGAAUGUGGUUUUGGGGCAUACAAGGACACAGCAAUUCGAAACAGAAUUGUAUUCGGAUUGAGAGAUGAGGAGCUGCAAUUUAAGCUGUGGAGUAGAGAUGACUACACGUUGGAAGAUGUUGAACGCAUUGUGGUGAGAAGUGAGCUUGCCAAAUUGAGAGUCGAAUCCAUGAGGGAAGGUGGUGAUGUAAUGAGGAGCAUAAAUUCGGUAAAAUAUCGCUUGGGAGAUACGCAUGAAGGGAGGUUCGCGCGUGAUGAUUAUCAACAUUCCAAUUCAAGAAAUCGUUUUCCCAAUCGCAACCUAAGGCACAGUUGGGAUCGCAAUCGUGUUGAGUUCAACAAUGCAAGGAGAGGUCGGUAUAGUGAUAAUUUUCGCUCGAGAUUUGACAACAGGGAAAGAAGUUAUCAAAACCGGUUUUUCAACAAUGAGAGAGAAAUGUAUCCUUAUCGUCGAGGUUCACGCAUGGAAAAUUCACAUGCAAACGUGGUGUGUAACUUUUGCAGAAUGAAGGGUCAUGUUAAACGCAAUUGUACUGAUUAUGCUAAGCGUCGGCAAGUAAAUUUUGUUGAACAAUCAGAUGAGAGUUACGAUUUUAAAAGGCUUCGAAUAAGGGAUAGUGAAGAGGAAGAUGAUGACGAAGACGAAUAUCCGUGUAUGAUGAUUUCGACAAGUAAUAAAAGCGGCCCAUGUCAGAUUAAAGCUUUAAUUGAAAAUAGGGCGGUUCACAUGGAAAUUGAUUGCGGCGCGGCGGUUUCAGUGAUAAACUAUGAAUGCUAUCGGAGAUAUUUUGAGGAUGUUCCUUUGAUCAAAUGCAAUAGCCGUCUUACGGUUGUAAGUGGACAGCGUUUGAAUAUUUGCGGAGAAAUAUGGGUAUCAGCUAAUGUAAAUAACAUAAAAUCGAAAGCCAGGCUGAUAGUUUUAGCUGGAUCACAUAAGUUUUUGCCUUUAUUGGGCAGAAACUGGCUCGAUAUCUUUUUCCCAAAUUGGCGACAGACAUUUUCAAAAUCUAAUGUUGCGGUAAAUGCGGUUGAAGAGGGUUUAGAUUCUACAAAUAAAUUAGGACAUGAAGCAGAUUUGGUACUCAAGGACAAUCAACCAAUUUACAAGAAGGCAUACGAAGUUCCCUAUAAAUUGAAGGAAAAGGUGGUCAGUCAUUUGGAUUUUUUGGAACAACAAAACAUUAUUACACCUAUUGCAACUAGCGAAUGGGCAUCGCCGAUAAUUAUAGUGCCAAAGAAGAAUGACGAUAUUCGUAUGGUUAUCGACUGUAAGGUAUCUAUAAAUAAAUUUGUAAUACCUAACACAUAUCCUCUCCCUUUAGCUCAGGACAUUUUUGCGUCUUUGACUGGGUGCAAAUGGUUUUGUUGUCUGGAUUUGGCGGGGGCGUAUACGCAACUGCAACUUUCGAAGCGUUCAAGAAAAUUUAUGGUAAUAAACACAUUGAAAGGGCUUUACACUUACAACAGGUUGCCGCAAGGUUGUACAUCUAGUGCAUCGUUAUUUCAGGAAAUUAUGGAUAAAAUAUUGUUGGGUUUAAAGAACAUUUGCUGUUACAUUGACGAUGUUUUAAUAGCAGGAAAAACAAGAAAAGAAUGUGAGAAUAAUCUAUAUUUAGUUUUGGAAAAGCUAGAAAAAGCCAAUAUAAAAGUAAAUUUUAGCAAAUGUAAGUUUUUCGAACAAUCUCUCAAUUAUUUGGGUCAUUUGAUAACGGAAAAUGGUCUUCUUCCUUCUCAAGAAAAAUUAUCAACUAUAAGAGAAGCAAAAGUACCCCAAAAUGUUACAGAAUUGAAAGCUUUCCUAGGUUUAAUAAAUUAUUAUGGCAAAUUUGUUUCUCAUUUGUCAAGUAAAUUGUGGAGUCUAUAUGCUUUGUUGAAGAAAAAUGUUAGAUUUAUUUGGGAUGAUAAUUGUCAACGAGCUUUUGAAGAUAGUAAAAAGUCGUUGUUAAAUGCUAAUAUUUUAGAAUUUUAUGACCCGGACAAGCCUUUGGUAGUUGUAUCAGAUGCGUGUAACUAUGGUUUAGGGGGAGUUUUGGCACAUGUAAUUAAUGGUCAAGAGAGACCUAUUUCGUUCACAUCGUUUUCCUUAAAUAAUGCCCAAAAAUCAUAUCCCAUUUUACACCUAGAAGCUUUAGCACUUGUAUGUACGGUGAAGAAAUUUCAUAAAUACCUUUUUGGUCAAAAAUUUAAAAUUUAUACAGAUCACAAACCUCUGUUGGGUAUUUUUGGAAAGCAGGGGAAAACUGCAAUUUGUGUAACGAGAUUGCAAAGAUAUAUAAUGGACAUGUCUAUUUAUGACUUCGACAUAGAGUAUAGACCAUCUUCACAAAUGGGAAAUGCGGAUUUCUGCUCCAGGUUUCCUCUUGAUCAAGAAGUUCCGCGAAAUUUUGACAACGGAAGCAUUAAGAGCAUAAAUUUUUAUGAGGAAGUUCCCCUUGAUUUUUCAUUAAUUGCAAAGGAAACGAUGAAAGACGAAAUCCUUUCAAAAAUUGUCGAUUUUGUAAUCAAUGGUUGGCCACUGAAAAUUGAUAAUAGAUUUCAAAACAUUUUUUCAAUGAGAUUUGAAAUAGAAAUGGAUAAAAAUUGUUUAUUAUAUCAGAAUAGAGUUUUCGUUCCUGAUUGUUUACAAAAUGAUGUGUUGAAAUUGCUCCAUCUAAAUCACAGUGGUAUAGUCAAAAUGAAACAAGCUGCAAGAAAAUGUGUGUUCUGGCUUAAAAUUAACAACGACAUUGAAAAUUAUGUUAAAAGCUGCUCUAUUUGUGCCAAAAUGGCUACGGUGCCGAAAUCGGGUGAAACAUUUCCAUGGAUUCCAACUAAAAGACCAUUUAGUCGGAUUCACACCGAUUUUUUUUAUUUCGAUCAAAGACAUUUCUUGCUGGUAGUAGACAGUUAUUCUAAGUGGAUAGAAAUUGAAUUGAUGAAGUAUGGAACUGAUGCAAAUAGAGUUAUAAAAAAAUUUGUUUCUAUGUUUGCGCGUUUUGGACUUCCAGAUGUGAUUGUAUCGGAUGGAGGCCCACCAUACAAUUCUAAUCAGUUUGUAACAUUCAUGGAGAAACAGGGAAUAAAGGUUUUAAAAAGUCCUCCUUACAACCCAACAAGCAACGGGCAAGCCGAAAGAAUGGUUAGAGUUGUGAAAGAUGUUUUUAAAAAAUUUAUGUUAGAUCCGCAGACAAAAUAUCUUAAUAUAGAAGAUAAGAUUUCUCUGUUUCUAGUAAAUUAUAGAAAUACUUGUAACGCAGAUGAUAAAUUUCCAUCUGAGAAAAUUUUAAGUUAUAAGCCAAAAACUUUAUUAGAUCUUCUGCAUCCAAGAAAAACUUUUGAACAUUUUCUUGAAAGAACUCAGUCAAAGGGGGAAAAUGUACAAACAGUGAAACCUACAUUUUUGGAAGAUCCAUUUCUCAAACUUAAGUUAGGAGAUAAAAUAUUGUACAAAAAUAACGACAAAAAAUUAUUUGAGAAGUGGAUUGAGGCGCAAUAUGUAAAAAGAAUUUCACCAAAUGUAUUUUUAAUUUCUAUUGGAAGGAACACCUGCAGCGCCCAUCGCAAUCAAUUAAAGAUCUUCAAGAAGCAGCCAACUAAUUCAACCAUACAAGUACAGAUGAGAAGGGUCAAACGGACGAUGGACAGCGAUUUAGACGAUGAAGAAGAUUUUUAUGGAUUUCCGGAGUCGCCAGCGGCGACUAGUAAGAAGAAGGUUUUGAGAAAGGGAAAACGUAGGUGUUUGAUGGAUAUGCCGAAAAAUCCAUACAACACUCGAAGCAAAGCCAGGUACAAGGAAUCCAGUGAAGACCUAUCAUAAUAAGAAAUUUAAAAUAAUAUGUCAAAGUGAAUUAUGAAA